UCCCGCCGGGAUUUAAUGGGUUUGUUUGUUUAAGCUAGAAUUGGCCCGCCGGUGGCCGGAGGAGAUCGCCUCAACUACUUGUCCCAAGCUUUUAGAUUCGACUAAACACGCCACCGAGAUGAUGCGUAGGAAGGGAACGUCAAGAGCUAGAAACCCAAUUAGCUACAUAUUGGACGCUAUCGACUUCAGAUGUCUUGCAUGUUGAUGAACUGCAAGGGCUCGUGUCUUGUUAUUGGAUAAUCUCCCAGUUUCUGCAUGAGACCCCCCACUCGAUUACCUACCUCACUACCAUUUGCUGAGGUGAUUGACUCUGAGACUUUAAAGAUAUAAGAAGCUCACGAGUCGUUGUAUUACCUCCGAUCCGAUACAUAAUAUAUUUUUCUAAUAUUUACCCCGGAAUCUUAGGGUGUCCAUAAAAGGCACAAUAUAAUGGCUGGAAUUACGAAACUUGAACUUCGGACGGCUCUUGGCCCGGUCUAUCGGGAUGUACUACCGAAUCCUCCUCGGGACUGUACGGCUGACGAAAUCCCAAUUGUCGACUUGGCGCUUAUGUUUUCCGAGAAGCUCUCCGACCGUAAAAGUGUCGCCGAUAAUAUCAGAUCGGCUGCUACUAAUAAUGGUUUCUUCUAUAUCAAGAACCAUGGCAUACCGGAAGAAGUCAUUGCUCAAUGCAAGAAGCAAGUAAUCAACUUCAUGAGACAGCCACUAGAGAAGAAGAUGCUAGUAGACUCUAGGACACAUAGCAAGUAUUAUAACGGGUAUCUUGGAAACCGGAAGGCUCAGAUCUCUCGCACCGAGAGCGUCGAUGUCAGAGAGUCAUUUUCAUUUCGGUAUAGCCCAGAGCUCGAUCCAGAUCAUCCAAUUAACAUUUCCGAGCUUCCCGACGAGGUGAGAUCAUGGAUUCGCGCAGAAGACUUUGUGUGGGAGGGUACGAAGCAUUUGCCCAACUUUAAGGAGGACUCUCUCGCAUACUGGAGGAGCUGCUUAACUCUAGCUAGAAGACUAGUUAGAGUCUUUGCUCUUUCGCUGGACCUAGAAGAAGAUUAUUGGGACGAUAAAGUCACACACCCAGGAGCAGAUGGCGUCUUCAAUUACUAUCCGCCAAGGACUGUAGAAGAAGCCGAAAAUAAGUUUGUUGGUCUAGGGAGUCACACAGAUCUGCAGCUGUUUACGCUCCUGUGGCAAGACAGCGUGGGUGGUUUGCAGGUGCUGUCUAAAGAGGGACAGUGGCUGAGGGCCCCUCCGAUCGAAGGAACACUUGUUGUCAAUAUCGGCGACUUCAUGAUGCGGCUUUGCAAUGAUAUUUAUAAAUCCACUGUCCAUAGAGUCACAAAUGAGUCCAACGAAGAGCGUGUCUCUCUACCAUUCUUCUUUGGUCUCAACUUCAACUGCGUCGAGGGGGUUGUUCCCUCGUGUACCUCGGAGAAGAAUCCGGCGAAAUACAAACCCAUCUCUUGCGGUGAUUGGUGUCAAAUGAGAUUCAAGAUUGAGAGGGAAGAUUUUCUCAAAAAUCAAGAAGCAAAAAAGGCGGUGGCCCCAAGUGCUACUGUGGUGGCUGGAUAGUGUAUUUCGCUUCAUUUCGCUCGAUUCUAUUUGAGGCUGGGUUAUGAAUUUGCUUCUCUGAUUUCUUGGCCAUCUACAAGACCUUUUGAAUGAGUUCGAGGACGUCAAAGAAGGCUUCGCGUUCAGGCUUAAGAGUUUUAAGACCAAGUCCAACGACAAGGGUACGAUUCUCGUCUGAGUUUUUCCUUGCGAUGUGACU